GCGAGCUAUAUUUUGCCCGUCCGACGUUCGUUUGGAAGGUUUCACUGCUCGUCGCUACUAAAAGUGCACAACUGUAAAAUAGAAAUCUGAGUGUCUCUAACGCUCGGCCAUCGUAUUCGAUGGCUGAAACGAUAGAGAAGGAUUCGCUUGUCCUUGCUGAGGGCUCAUCAGGGUCAAAGACGAAGCCUUCGAAGCGCUUUUCGGCUAAUACGUCAACGAGUUCGCCUGCGAAUGCUUCGUGGCUUGUAGGUGAUGUGGUCUGGUCUAAGAUCCCAGGACAUCCAUGGUGGCCUUCUAUGGUGGCUUACGACCCGAAUAGUGCUGUGUACUUCCGAUAUAAGGGUAGAGCGAGGUACUAUCAUGUGCAAUUUUUUGGUCAAGACCCCGUGCGAGGCUGGGCCUCCGAAAGAUCAGUCAUGAAGUUCGAAGGGAAAGAUCAUUUUGAAGCCUCUAUGCACAACAAAAAACACCAAGUUGCAUCAAAACGUAUCGCACUUUGGGAAACUGCUGUAAAAGUGGCUGAAAAGGCACUGCCUAUGAACAGACAAGAGCGACAACUGUGUUUCACCUUUAAGUACUUUGAUAAGAACGAGAAAAAGGGAAAAAGAAAAGCAAUAAAUGGAGUGAGAACAGAGGGUCAAUAUUUCGCACCCAAACCUGAUCAUAUUCACCCAGAGGUUUUACCAAAUCUAAAUGGACACUCUGAAAGCACAGAGAGGGAGGGAGACAAAACAACUAAGUUAAAAGGACAAAAGAAAAGAAAGCAAAAAAGCAUAGAAGAUACUAAUGAUGUUGUUAAAACGGAUCAAGUGACUGUUAAGGAAGAUCUAGAAACAGCUGUAGUAAAGAUUUCACCAAAGAGAAAACGUAUACGAAAACCAAAAGUACAUGAGGAUGAAAUCGUUGAUAAGUUUGUUGUUAAGCUACAUGGGAUUGAGGAGCCACCGCAAACACCGCCAAGAUUGAAUGGGAGCUUUCCUGGGUCACCAGUAAAUGGAGAGGUCUCUCCAAACACUGCCCUGAAGCUUAAGAUUCGUAAGGUCAGACCGUCUCUAGAUGGCAAAGAAGGAAAUAAAAAUCACCACCGUCUUUCAAAGGAAAAAGAGACUUUUAUAAUUGUUAAAGACCUAGAACACUCAGAAGAUAGCACAGACAGUGGUGUGAAUGGAGUUUGUCAAUUGCAGUCUCCUGUUGAUGCAAAACAGACUAGCUCUUCAAGUGCAGAUGAGGGACCCAGGAAAAAGAAAAGGCGACGGAAACUGUCUGAGGGUGUUAUGCCCCAGGAUUACUCUAUUCAAGAGGAUAAGAGGAAAUUCAAGAAAAAUAACAAGGAGGGCAAAGGUACCAUUCAGAGCAAAAGUGCAAAGGAAAGCAAGGUUACCACCAAGAAGAGCAAAGCUGGCAAGGAGAGCAGUGUUAACAAGAAGGUUAAAGCUGUGCCAAAGGCAAAGGUGGCUAAUAAAAGCUCAGAGAAAACAAAGAAGGUAAAACCAGUUGAAAAACCUCACGACCAAGUGUCAAGCUCAGCAGAUAUAUUAGCAGUAAGUGAAAGUAAGAAGCCAAUAAAUGGUUUUCCUGAUGUGACUCGCAGCCUUGUUUCAAGUAUGGAUGAUGACACAAGUAGUACAAAGAGCAGUACUAUUUCUAAGGUCAGAAAAGACAAAGGAGACAAAGAGUCAGAAGCUGUUUGUGCUGUUUGUGAGCAAGUGAAUGACUUGAUGUUUUGCGGCGACUGUAACAGUGCCUAUCACCCGGACUGUAUUGGUUUAAGCACGGCCCCAAAAGGGAAAUUCAAAUGCGAUGAAUGUACAUCUGGUGUUCAUUCUUGUUUUGUCUGUCGGCAAACUGGGGACGUUAAAGCUUGCAGCCAACCACUGUGCUCUAAAUUUUACCACAAGGAAUGCUUGCAGUCGUACAAAUGUUCCAAGAUUGAUGGUGAUCGCAUCUACUGUCCUUUACACUUUUGCAGCACUUGUAUAUCAAACAAGACCCCUGUUAAUAGGGGUAGGCUGACAAAAUGCAUCCGGUGUCCCACUGCUUACCAUGCAGGGUGCCUAGUCGCGGGGUGCAUGCCAAUCACGUCACAUCUAAUGGUGUGUGCCAAACACUUCUUGCCGAAUAAGAGCAAAGCCCAUCACACUCACGUCAAUGUGAAUUGGUGCUUUGUGUGUUCUAUUGGCGGCACAUUGAUUUGUUGUGAGAGUUGCCCUGCAGCUUUUCAUCCUGAGUGCAUCAGCUAUGAAGGCAUACCUGAGGGCCGUUUUUACUGUAAGGACUGUGUGGAGGGCAAAUCAUUACUGUAUGGUGACAUUGUUUGGGUCAAGCUUGGAAUGUACAGAUGGUGGCCAGCAAUGAUUUGUAAUCCCCGAGAUGUGCCUACCAACAUCCAGUCAAUGCGUCACCAGCCUGGCGAGUUCCCUGUCAUGUUCUUGGGGUCACAUGACUUCUAUUGGAUCCACAAGGGGAGGGUGUUCAGCUACCAGGAUGGGGACAAAGGCACAGAAUCUGGAAAUAACAAAUAUCUUGCCAAAGUUUUCAAAAAAGCACUUGUUGAGGCGAAAGAGAAAUACGAUGAGUGGAAAAAGGCAAGAGAGGACAAAGCUGAGCAGGAUCUUCAGAGGUUUUGCAAAAAGCCACCACAGUAUAAACAUAUUAAGACCAACAAGUGCACCACAGCACAGAGAAUAAUCCUUGACCCGAGUGAGAUGCCGGUGUGUGAGUGUACCCCUGAUCAGGCUUGUGGACAAGACGCCAACUGCCUGAACCUCAUGCUGCAGUUUGAGUGUGUUGCAUCUAGAUGUCCGGCAGGAGACAAAUGUCAGAACCAGAGGUUCCAAAAGCGCCAAUAUGUGGACUGUGAGCCAUUCCGGGCACACUCCAGAGGAUGGGGCCUACGAUCAAAGCAAGCUAUCAAGAAAGGGACGUUUGUCAUAGAGUAUGUGGGAGAGCUGAUAGAUGAUGCCACCUGUCGGGAACGCGUCAAGAAGGGUGACGAUGACACUAACUAUUACAUGCUUACCAUCGACAAGGAUUGCAUCAUAGAUGCUGGCCCCAUGGGCAAUCUCUCACGAUUUAUGAACCAUAGCUGUUACCCAAACUGUGAGACUCAAAAGUGGACUGUGAAUGGGGAAGUACGUGUUGGUCUCUUUACAUCACGGGAUGUUGAGUCACAGGAGGAGCUAACCUUUGAUUACUGUUUGGACUGCCAUGGUAAUGAGAAAAAGAAGUGUCACUGUGGAUCUCAGAAUUGCAGUGGCUUUCUUGGGGUGCGGCCCAAAACUCAGAAUGCACAAAUGAAUGAAGAUAAAGCCAAGAAUGCUGCCUUGAAGCGCAGGAAGAGGAAACCGAAAAAGCCUGCAGUUAAACAAGUACAUGAAGAUGAUUGCUUCAUCUGCGGCGAUGGAGGCCAGCUCAUCAUGUGUGACCGAAGUGGCUGCCUCAAAUGCUACCAUGUUGACUGCCUGAACCUUGAUAAGAAGCCUCAAGGCCGGUGGCAGUGUCCCUGGCACUUCUGUGACAACUGCGGCAAGCGGGCCACUGUCCUCUGCUCAGAGUGUCCCAACUCAUUCUGCAGGAGCCACGCCCAAGGGCAGAUCAACAGCACUGACAAGAAUACCUUCCUUUGCACAGACCAUGUAGACGAGGUUCUUCCUGGAAUGACUGAUAAGUUCCUGGCCACCGACCAAGUGCUGAACGCCCUUGACCUCAUCAACGGGGACCUUACUGGUAUUAGGCCCACCGAGCUCGACCAUUUGCAGCAGAAGCCUGAGUACCUUGAGCUGGGUUCCUGAUGCCACAAAUUCAUACUUACGCCUUUUAUGACCAUAUCCUGGACAGGAUUUUAUUAUAUUAAGUUUGACAGAUAAGGAAACAUGGAGACAACGCAUUGAUAUGCAAUUGUUAUUUACCUUCAACGCUUUGUCUUCCUGUACACCUUGACUCAGAUUAUUUUCAUCACAACUUAUGUAAUUUAUUAGGACUGAAAGAGUUUCUGUGAGCAGAAAGACUCUGGACUUUGCCAUAUCUCCCAUGGUCAUCUUCAAGUUGCAAUGUUGUGGCAGAUUGAACUUCUUUAAGCUCUAGUACGGUAACAAUUAGCUCGCCUUAUUUCUUACAUCUGUAGCUAGUUGAUAUUUUAAUUAAGUAUUUUAUCUAUAUGUAUAUCUGAAGAAAGAACACAAGCAAAAAGAAACAUGUUUUUUUUCCGCCUGCUAAAUGCUAAACGUCAAAGUCCAUCAAGACAGAAUAUAUUUUUUUUAUAUUUGGUGGGUACAGUUCAAUCACAUUGAGGGUCUUUCCAUUCUAAAGUAUGAUGUUUCAACCAUCGCAUUUUAUUUCGGAGCUUCUGAGUAAUUUAUUUCCUGUGGCUAUUGCGUCUCUUGUCGCCAAAAUUUGCGCAUUUGAUUUUCACAUUUGUGACUGGCAGAGACCUCACGACAAGAACGUUCAAGCGUCAAUAUUAAAGGCCAGUUAGCCGGUUAUGAUUUAUUUAACCUAGCGAAAUCAACCAACUCGGACAUCUGAAGUAAAAAGUAGUUUUAGUUUGUUACACAAUGCGUGCCUUUAAAAUCCAAAUGUACAGUAGUAAGUAUUUAAUUAUUGUAGUGUUUUUAUGACUCCAAGUCAUUAAGAUGUAUAAACUUGACGUUUACUUGAUUAUUAAAGUUUUAGAUGAUGAUGAUGACACUUGUGUCAUCCCGAAAUAAA